AUGUCGACCGAGACUAGGCCGCCCGACAGAUUGUCGUCGGAGCGAGACGUCGAGUUGGGCUCCACGUCGACUGAUGCGUUCACUGAGGGCCAAGUCGAAGAGGGCGGCCCCCUCGCCAAGUACACCCAGAUGGGCAACGCCGCCGACGAGGACAAGGUGUCGACGCUGGAAAAGAGCUGCUGCAUCGUCACCUUUGUCGUCCUCAUUUUGCUCUUGCUGAUCCCGAUGGUGGUCUACGGUAUAACGGAUCUGCAGGAAGAGACGCGCGAGCUGAACCCAAAGGACCUGGAACGCUGGAACGUGACGACGACGCCUUCUACACCCAUAACGACAAAAUCCUGGCAGGAGAUUCUUCAAGGCUACGACGACCACUCCUCCGCCCUCCUCAUCUACCGAUCCGCCCCCGAUGAGCAU